AUGGAAAUCAUACGAAGUAGUACUACAUUACAAAUUUUGAUAAUUAUUUUACUAGCUGUUGUCAGAUUAAGCUAUCAAACUCUUUAUUCAUGUAAUGCAAGUGCAUCAUGUGGUUGUUCAACGAAUUCUGCAGUAGUAAGUCGUAUUGUUGGUGGAGAAGCUGCAAUCUCAGCUACAUGGGGUUGGGCUGUUUCAGUCUCUAUUGCUAAUACUUAUCUUUGUGGUGGAUCGAUCAUAUCAAGUUCAUGGGUUAUCACAGCAGCACAUUGUGCAAAAGAUUUUACAGCCUCCGAAUUUACUAUCUACGCUGGAUCAAAUAGGCGAUGGUCUGGCACUCAAAUUCGAACUGUAUCAAAGAUUAUUGUACAUUCAGGAUAUAACUCAGUAACGUAUGUAAAUGAUAUUGCUUUGUUGAAACUUGCCUCUCCAUUGGAUAUGAGUGAUCCAUAUGUGAGUUCAAUUUGUUUACCAUCAGUUAGUCAGGCUACACUAUCAGCUGGUGAAUGGCCACCAGUUGGAACAAAUGUUGUAGCUGUUGGAUGGGGUAGAUUGAGUGAAGGGGGUUCGUUACCAUCAACACUUCAGCAAGUUACCUUACAAACAGUAGAUUAUCAAGCGUCGACUUGUACUCCAACGAUGGUUGAUUGGCAUGUACAAUUUUGUGCUGGUGUAUCAGGUGGUGGCAAAGGUAACUGCGCUUGA